UAGUACUCCUUUGUUCCUAACGCAACAAUAUGGCGCUGGGCAAGAUGUUACCAUCAGUUAUGAAGCGGUUUCUACAGAGUGCUGUUAACAGAAUGCACUUACCAUCCACAAGUAUGUUUGGCCGAUGUUCAAGCACAGCAGCAUCACAUUUGGAAGAAAAUAUCUCCAAGUCAUUUGUAACUGGACCUUUGACAAUGCUUUCUGAAGAGGAGGAAAUGAUGAAAGAAACAGUUGCUAGGUUUGCUAUGGAGAAGAUACAGCCACUGGUAUCAGAAAUGGAUCAGAAUUCAGAAAUGGAUCCAUCAGUAACACAUGAACAUAUUUAUUUUUUUAAGGUUGGAAGUUUUUGUCUCUCUGAAGUUGGCUCAGGAAGUGAUGCAUUUGCUCUUGAUACAAAAGCUGAAAAGCAAGGAGACUUCUAUGUGAUAAAUGGCUCUAAAAUGUGGAUCACAAAUGCUGAACAUGCUGGAGUAUUUCUUGUCUUUGCUAAUGUUGCACCAGAAAAGGGAUACAAAGGAAUAACAACAUUUGUAGUCCCAAAAGAAACAGAUGGUCUUUCACUUGGGAAAAAGGAAGAUAAGCUUGGAAUUAGGGCAUCAUCAACAUGUCCUGUGCACUUUGACAAUGUGAAGGUCCCUGCUAGUGCAGUCCUUGGUCAGGUUGGUCACGGCUAUAAGUAUGCAAUUGAGUGUCUAAAUGAAGGACGCAUAGGGAUUGGAGCUCAGAUGGUUGGACUUGCUCAGGGCUGUCUAAAUUGUACAGUUCCUUACUUACACGAAAGAAAACAAUUUGGCCAGAAGAUCUGGGACUUCCAGGCUGUCAAUCACCAGGCUGCACACAUGCUUACGCAGAUUGAGGCUGCUCGGUUGUUGGUGUAUAAUGCAGCACGGAGAAAGGAGGCAGGGCUUCCCUUCCUUCGAGAAGCUGCCAUGUCAAAGUACUUUGCAGGAGAGGUGGCCACCUUGACAACUUCGAAGUGUAUUGAGCUGAUGGGAGGAGUGGGUUAUUCCAAACAGUAUCCUGUGGAGAAAUUCUACCGUGAUUGUAAAAUAGGUUGGUGCAGUUUUUAUGUCUGAAUUCAAAGCUUGGGGCAAAGGGGGCUGGACAAAGACAGGAGAGAGGGCAAACUCUUUUUUUUGUCAUUUGGCCUGGAGCUCUAUGCACUCUUGGCAAUCUUAAUCCACUAUUUUUGUACAAUUCAUGGUGUUUCCUUGAAGCUUGAAACUUCAGAACAUGCACAGAUCACGUGGAUCAUGAGUCAAAUUGUUACAUGUUUUUAUUCACCUGUCUUCCUUCCAUGAUCAUAGUGUCCAGGUCUGUUCAGUUCAGACCCAGGGCAAUGGUCUUUUCCUUUUGGUCUAUGAUCCAACUCAUUUAAUAAUAUCUUUUUUAACCCUUUAACUCCCAAAAUCUUAUUAGUAAUUCUCCUUACUGUCUGCCAUAUAGUU